AUGGUUAAAAAACCGGUAAAACAAGUAAAAAUCCCAAAUGAAUCCCUAGAAUGGAAUCCACAAAUGAAAGAAAGUUGGCAUUUGGAAUUAGAGAACGAGGAGAGAGAAGACGAAGAAUGCAUAAAACUUUUUAGCCGUUACAUACAAAACGAAACAAAACCCGAUAUAAAAAUCAUAAACAUGUCCGAUAUAAUAAAAGUUUUGAAAGAAAAAAAUGUCAAUGAUGAUAAUAAUAAUGAAAAAUAUAAAAAAAAUCAAAAAACGUCAAAAGAAAUUCAAAAUAAAAAUAAAAUCGAAGCCAAAUCGCCACCGGUUAGAAAAUCUCAAAUCGUUCAUUUGGGACGUAAAUAUGGGAAAUUUACGGAUUUGGAAUGUCAAUUGCCGCCGGAUUUGAUGGCGGCCAUACUCAAAUAUUUAAUAUUAAAUAUAAAAGAUGAAAAUAUAUUUAAUAAAAAAUCGGACGACGUCAAAAGGGAAAAAUUAUUUAAAUUGGAAACGAAAAUUCAAUUCGUUAAAAAUAUCAAACCUUUCGUUCCGGACGACGAAACGAAUAAUUUAAAAUUUAACGUAAAAAGUAAUGGUAAAAUAGAUAAGGGAAAAAAUUUUCUCGACGAACAUGGUUUCGGCCCUGAUUUAUUUAUCGUUUUAACGGAUUUUUACAAUCCAUUUUACUUCGCCGAAUUAACCAAAAUCAAAGUCCCAUUUUUGGCUAUAAUUAAAAUAUUUAAUUUUAAAGAGAUUUUAUUUGAAAAAUUUCAUCAAGCCGUAAUUCUAGAUGAUAAUUAUUAUUAUUCGAAUAAAGAAAAUCUCGUUAAUAAUUUUUGGUAUUCUCUAACGGAAAAUUGCGAAACAUUAGAAAAAACUAAACAGUUUAAAGAUAUCAUUUUCGUAGAAUAUCAACCCCAAUUGCAAAAAUCAUUCGAAUCCAUUCAGUCCAUAUUCGAUGAGAUAUUCGAUGAAAUGUCGACCGUCGUCUACAACAUUUACAUUAUUUAUUUCGAACAUCAAAUAUUUCUCCGGGAAAUGUACGUACAAAGAAUGUACGAAGCACUCGAACCAUUGAAUUUAAACGAAUGUAAAAUAUAUAAUAGCCUUUGCGAAGCUUUGGUCACCGGAGAUACCAACACCGUUUUUUUGGUAUUGUAUGCAAUUUUGGAACAAAUCGUAGCCGGAGUGCCCAACACCAAACACAAACACGUCGAUUAUAUUUUACCCGAAGAUAAAUAUUUACUUACCCAUUUUCACGAGGAUAAAUCCAGGAGUCAAAUAAUACCGAAAGACGAAUCAAAAAAAAAUUUCCCACUCGUAACUCCAUGUUUACAAUGUAGAAAUAAAUUGAUGAUUCCAAACGUCUGUCAAAAUUUAUGCGAGCAUCGGGAUUUGGAAAAAACGAACGAUGGGGUAGCAAAGGAUUCAGAUUUUAAAAAAAAUGAAGAUGGCACAACACACGAUGAAUCAGUAAUGUUGAAACCGAUUGAAAACGACGCCAUAACACAAAAUUUUAUCGAACAAGCAAUUCGAGAAAAACGUAUGGAAAAAAAUUAUAAAAAAUACAUGAAUCCUCCGAAAACGUUUUUUUACGGCGAUGAAAUCGGAAUACGAAAUUACGAUUGUAAUCCGAAAUUAAUCGAUAUAAAAAAAACUUGUAAAAGAUUUCUUAAAAACACGUACAUUUCUCAUUUGUGGACUCAAUACCCAAAACUCAAUCCGGGGAAAAAAUCUUUUUUCGAAUUUCAUUUUUUACAAUUGUUAAAAUCCACGAAAGAAAACAAAGAAUCGUUAAAAAUAAAAAUAUUUUUCGUUCUUUGCAUGAAACUCAUCGGAGUAAUUAAAUUUUAUUUAUAUAACGGAGAAGAAGAAAACAUAUCGGAAACGUUAAGAGAAUCCAUCGUGGAUAAGAUAAAAAUAUUUCCCAAAGUCAAAUUUGACAAAGAGUAUGCCGUAGAAGAAACCAAACAUGAAAAAACGUUCAAUUCGUGCGCGUUUAAAAUAUUCGACAGAUUUGAAACAUUGAAAAAAAAAAUUACAUCGAAAAAAGGGAAAAUUGAUAAAACGAAAGGAUCUUUCAUAAUGGAUCCGUUGACUCUUCGGGAAAGCAACAGCAUUCUUAAUAUAACGAUUAACCCUCACAAAAAUAGCGGACACUGGUUUUCCUACGCUUUCAAAUAUACAAAUGGAUCAAAUGCCAUGAACCCGAUAAUAAAAUCUAAAACGAAAAGACAAAUGGCAGCCAUAUUUUCUUUAUUAGAUUGCAACGAAAUCUCGAGCAUAACCGAACCUCACAUAUUGAGCGACAACGAAGAAUAUUUAAAUUUAAUUGGAAAUUUUAAUUUUUACGAAAAACUCGAACCCUUGAGAAUGAUACAACAGUUGUUGGAUGCUUUCGAAGAAUACAACACGACACAAUGUUUAUAUUUUUCUCCAACGGAUUCCAUAAUAACAAUUUUACACAACGAUACCGACCACAGAGGAUUGUAUUAUACAUGCGGCUACAGCAAAUUACUCACCCCAGUUUCCCUCCGUGAUUUUUACAGUCAUUUAUACAUUGAAAUAAAAAAAUGGUUGAACGAAAAGAAGGAAAAAUACAAACAAUUUUCGGAAAAAUACAAGGAAGAAAAGAAAAAAAUGUUUGAAAAAAUGGAAAAUGAUUAUAUGAUUAAGGUACAAAAACAAUAUGACGGAAUGUCGGAAGAAGAAAAAGAAAUAUUUUUAAAUAAAAUUAAAACCAAUUAUAUUCGUUGCGCAAAAGAAAUCGAAGUUUUCGAAGAAGAAUUAAAAGAUUUACCGAUCAAACCAAAACUUCAAUGCCUGAAUGAAAAUUCAUCAUUUUUAGUCACAAAUUAUUCCAACGUUCGAGUGGAAAAUCAAAAAAAAAUUCAAGAAUAUUAUUCACAAGAUGGCACCGAAAUAAAUGUUAUUAAAGACACGUGGCUAUACGACCCUACUUGCCUUUUAAAACUCAAAAUAAAAAAAUCAAAAUUUAUAUUUUUUUUCUAUCAUUUUCUCGGACGAAAAAUCAUUCCCAAAUUCACAUUAAAAACAAAUUCUGGAAUUAUUUUUUUUUUUUAUAAAAAUUUGAAUGAUUUAAAGUAUAAGGUUGACAUUUCAUGGCCUACGGGAUUAAUCAUACGAACGAUGUCUGUCGACAAAUCAAACAUGUACAUAAAACAAUAUUAUUUAACGGAUAAUAAAAUUAUAAAUGAAAAAAGUCGAUGUUUUUUAAAAAAUGGUCAAAUUAUAAUAUUUAAAAACAAUGGUAAAAUUGAAAUUUUAUGCUCGAACGGAACAAAGCACGUAUUAAAAGAAUUUUUUAAUAAUCCGAUGGAAUCGGAUGUAUACGAAUUUGGCAAUGGAUUUCACAUAACAAAUUACGAAACAAUAACGCCUUUGGGUGAAAUUUGGCAAACAACAAAUAAAAAUCCUUGCAAGAAAGGUUCGAAAUUCCCGAGGAGUAAUAAAAAAUUAAUUGAUUUGAUUAAAGUUUAUUCUGGAACAGAUCCCCUCAAUCAAGAAACUUAUGUCAAGAGAGAUGAUGGUGUGAGUAGCAUGUUAUGGCCCAGCGGGGAGCUCGUCGUUAACUAUCCUGACGGUACGAAAAUAACAUCGACACCGAAAUUUUGCGAAAAUGAAAUUUUCAUCGAUUGGACGGAAGAUGAAAAACUUGAUAUAAAAAAAAUCGAAUCGAAAAUUCAAGAGAGAAAAGAUGAUUACAAAACGAAAAAUAAAACAAUAUUGAAAAAAUUAAGUUCGAGUUUUUUUUCGGAAAUUUCAACGUCCGAAAGCGAAAACGAAGGUUUUAUUCUCAUAAAAAUAUGUUACGUCAUUGAACAUCCAUAUUAUGCCACCGUUACCUACGAUACAGAAAAUUCUUUUAUGCGUUUCAAAAUGCCCGAAGAUUUUUAUAUAGAUAUUGGUAAGAAUGGAGAAUACGAAGUCAAUAAUGAUAAUAAUUUUUUAAAUGUUAAUAAAGAUGUAAUAACUUUUAACACGGUUUGUAACAGUUGCAAGGGUAAAAGUUCAGCAGCAAUAUCUUUAGAUGGAAAUGAUAUUUUGUGUAAGUUCACUGAUUUUUUUGGUGAUACUUUAACCGUUUUUAAAAAUGCAGAAUCACAUUAUCAAGAAUCUAAUUGUGGUAAUAAUGCAGUCAAUAACACUCAGUGUAAACAUUCUAAAUCGGUAUCACAAAAUCAAAGAUGUUUUGCUUUUGAAAGGAAUUUAAACGGCAUAGAAUUUAUUCACUCUGAAAAUUUUGCUCGCAAUUGUUAUAAUCUCUCUGAUGACACUUAUUUUGAUUUAGAUUCUAAAUGUGAUGAUUCUCCGACUUCAACACAUUUGUUUAAUAUUCCCUAUUAUAAAGUGGGUUGCGACUUGUGGAAAAUGAAUUAUGAAAAUAAUAAUAAUUCUUUACCUUCAAAUUUAAAAAAAAAGGAUUUGAAAGAAUUAGGAGUGAAAAAUCCCACAAGAAAUUCAUUCAAAUAUCCUUUUCCAAAAGUUCAAAAUAAUAUUAAUACCAACAAUGAUAAUUCCGAUAAUAAUAAAUGUGAAAAUAAUAAUUAUAAUAAUAAUAAUAUAAUUAAUAAUAUCGUUUUAAGUAAAACUCGAAUGAAAUGGCCAAAAGUUAUAGUUACAAGAAUAAUAAAUUGUUUAUCAGUCAAUCCGAAUUCUGUUUUGAAUGAUUUAAAAAAAUAUGUUGGUCAAUAUCAAAAAAAUGCAUAUGAUUCAUAUAAUUUAUACAUUAAAUAUGGUUCCCAGGAUCCAACGACAAAUGAAGCUAAAUUAAUAGCCAAAAAAUUAAACACCAUUGCUUAUACUUUAAAUCAUUCGUGGGCAAGUUAUCCUCAUCUUUCAAUACCAGUGCCAUCGUUAAAUAAAGAAAUCCACGGUUUUGCCCAUUACAUAAAUUUAAUGAAUGAACUAGAAAAAGAAGGUGAAAGAGAAAAUUUAGAUUUACCACACUGCAAACAAAUCCCUGUCCCAGUUGAAAAAAUUACUCAUUUUAAAUCUAUUACAGAAGAAAAAACAAUCCCUGAAUGA